CUCAACAUUAGAGCGUACUCGACGCAUGAAGUAGACAGGCGCGGGAUUAGGCGAGUGUUGGAAGAGGCACUUACGAGUCUAGACCCGAGGUGAGUGCUAAAAACAGAACCACUCUAGUAAGAAUAUUAUAGUUUAUAUAGCUAUGACUUUAAGGUUAUCUGUACUUAGAGAAAUUCAAUUGAUAAAACAAUUUUCACGGGGUUAAUUUGAGACGAUUUACUAAGGGAUAAGUCUAAGUAUGAAAAGAUAAAAUAAUAUUACCUACAACCGUAUCUUAUCUUACCUUAUCUCAACUUAUCUUAUCUUACCUUAUCUUAUCUUUUCUUAAUUUAUCUUAUCUUAUCUUACCUUAUCUUAUCUUAUCAACCAUUUGAAGUAAAACAAAAUAUUUAUUUUAUUUUACAAAAUAAUUUGAGGAAAAAACGACUGCAUGAAAAAUGUUGUAUUUUAUUUUAUGAAUGUAAACAGAGGCGAACGUCCCAUCCAUCUGAGCUUCGACGUCGAUUCAAUGGAUCCGACCCUGAUCCCCUGCACUGGCACCCCAGGUCAGUUGGGGGGGGGAGAUUAAGACAGAUUAGUUUGGAAUUAUACCAAAUUAGCCGGUAGAUUACGCCAGAUAAGUUCAAAGUUGUACUAGAUUAGCCGGUAAAUUACGCCAGAUCAGUUCAAAGUUGUACUAGAUUAGCCGGUAGAUUACGCCAGAUGAGUUCAAAGUUGUACUAGAUUAGCCGGUAGAUUACGCCAGAUCAGUUCAAAGUUAUACUAGAUUAGCCGGUAGAUUACGCCAGAUCAGUUCAAAGUUGUACUAGAUAAGCCGGUAGUUUACGCCAGAUUAGAUUGGAUUUUUUACUAGAUUAGCCGUAGUUUACGCCAGAUCAGUUUAGAGGUUUUACUAGAUUAUUGGGGUGUUUACUCUUGAUUUUAAGGCUUACAGAUGAGACUUUUAGUGGAAGCAAUAGCAUAACAAAGCGGUAUUGAAGGGGGAAUCAAAUCCCGGAGACUUUGGGCAUUUUUUAAAAUGAUUUGUGGGGACAUUUUAUACUCCAGUGCAAUGAACAUAAUGGUAUUUUAGAGUUCAUUGCAAUAAAAUAAUGAUAUUUUUAAAGAUUGAAAGACUCUAUGUUUAAGUUAAUUUUUCAACAAAUCACUUCCUAGUAUUAAAUAACUUGGGUUACUUUGGCCACCAUCUAUAAUCUAAUUUGGCCUUAUUUAACUACUUAUCUACGAUUCUUCAGUGUAGUAGGAGGAUAUUAGUAGAGCAACUAUUUAUAUAUAACGUGUAUAUCGAUAUAUAUAUAUGUAUGCACUUGCCGAUAUACCCGACUUUUCUAGGGUUUUUACUAAGAAAAAAAAGAAAAACUUCUAAAAAUUUAUCAAUUUACACUUAAAUAUAGGUCCCUGUCAAAAAUACUUCAUCAAAAAAAUCUUCAUCAAAAACAAUUCCUCAAAAACACUUUCUCAAAGGCGGUUUUUGGGGGUCGAAUGACCCUUUCACGAGGGUCGCCUAAGACCAAACAAAAACAAACAAACAUAGUCACACUGGGCUUUAUGCAGUUAAAUCGUUUGACAUUAUUUAUUGAAACAAUCCCCCCCCCCCCACACACACACAUUAUCACUACAACUUCCUUAGAACUUAGCCCAAACGGCAGGUACGGAGUUUUAAUCAAUUUAACAACUUCUAUUUUGCAGUUCCUGGUGGUUUGACCCUAAGAGAAGCCUUCUAUAUUGCCGAGGAGAUUGCUAAGACAA